AAGUUCAAGCUCAUAAAUGAAUGAACGUGGUUUGCGCCGUCUUGUGUGAGCAAGAACAACAAAACUUGCUUAUGUAAUCAUGUCGAACAGCACUCGAAGUUUUCUCGAAAGCUCUUGUGAUAACGGUCCAUACGACUCGACACAGACUAGUUCAAUUGCAGAUCAGCUAAGAGCAGUGAAGGACGGAGAAGUCUGUAUGGUAGACUAUAGGAAUUGCAGUGUUCUACAAUGCAUGACAUGCAACACAGUGCUUGGAGACUCUCUCGGCAUCUGUGGGGAAGUCCAGAGCCUCAAGAGUAUCAUUUGUUUGAAAGUUACUGAGGAUGUGAGGGUAAACAAAAAGCUGGAGAUGAGUUUGAAUGGUCAUCUGGCUUUCUCCACCCACCAAGUCCUUCACUGUGCUGGUUGCCAUGGUGCCGUUGGCCUGGUUCUUCACUCCACCCCAGAGCACCUGUCUGCUUUACAAAACCUCUUCCUUUUACGAAAAGAGCUGAUAAACUGCUACAUGCUAAGAAGUGGUGCAUGUGUUAAAGCCUCCAAAAUCAACUUCAAACACCGACUCAUGGACAAAAAUAUUCAAGAGCUGAAGCAGUAUUUAGAAGCUCAGCUGAAGCAGGUGAAGAUUCUGGAAGGAAUGAUGGAAAAAUUGUGCACACACAAUGUAAACUAAAGAAAUGCCAGGCAUGGAAUAUGUACAGUUGUUUUAUUAUAACUGCUGAAAUAGUGUGUAUAUAUAUUUUUGUACUAUGUACUGAAUACUAACUUGUUUGUUUAUUAGGUAUUGGUUAUUUUUUAAUUUACAUUAUGUGCAGAGAAAGGAAUAGUAUAACAGUAAAUAAAAGUAUAUAUUGUAUUAAAGAAAAAUGACUAAUCUAAUCUCUUACACUACAAGAUGAAAUAUAACACUGAAGAAAGAAAACACAACACAUGUUUAUGAUUGGCACCAUGCUGCUUUUUUAUUGCUAAAAUUUAAUAUUUUUUGUACAAAAUCAUGCAGGGUGCAUCUGUAGUGCAUAGAUCAGACUAAGCAUAGAGUUUCACAUUCAGAGGCAAAAUCAGCAAUGCAUAUCAGGUCAUCAAAGCAUAUAAACUUAUGUUCUGCACUAUUUGCAUUGAACAUGAAAAAGAACUUGUAAUUUUAUUCCAUUUAAACUCACAAUUGUUAGUUUUGCUAAAACGCACUGUAUCUUGCCUCUUGAAUCACAGACUUGUUACAUUUUCAUCAUACAAUACUUAAAUCCAAAAAAGUAACUUAUUUUAAUUAAUACAUCUGUGAAUAAUUAACAGCAGCAAUAAACCUUUGGGAUUUCAUGCAUUUGAAAAUAAAGUCACAACAUUGGUCCACUCAUAGAUUUAUCACAUUUCUGCAUAAAUAUGUUCAAGCAAAGCUUAAUUAUUGCAUGCAUCACAAAACUUUUUUUAUCCACUUCUACCAUGCAUCAACAAAUGUUUUUUGCACUCUUAAGAAAAUACUAGUUAAUUCCCAAUGGAUCUUUUUCAUUUUGUAGUAUAUUGUUUACCCAGGAUUCACUGAGACAAUGAAUCAUCAGAGUGUCACAAACUGCUACCAGAACACUGCUCAUAUUGCUGUUAAUGAAAAUAAGCUGUAAAUAUACAUACAGCUUAUGUGCAUUCCACAAUGGUUUGAAUGUAAACAUGCAAGGUCAAUAGAAGGGCAUAAGCCCUGCAUAUAUAUAUACAUUUACUACCCAUCAACUUUCUUCCACCUGUCCAAAAUAAAAAAGGUCUUUCAUAUUUGUCAGACCCUUGGAGCUACCUUCACAUAUUUAUUUGGUGUCAACGAAUAAUGGGGCUGUUAACAGCUAGUUCUGUACUACCAAAUAUGAGCAAUGGGAUGUUCUAGAUAAAACACUUACCACUGUCACAAAUAUGCUACAGAUUUCUAUUUCACAAACACCACUGAACUAUUCCGACACUAUAAUUCAUGCAUAAACUGGUUAUUGCUUCUAAACGUUGAACUUAAUACACAUCAUGGCUUGCAUAUCUUUGAGUAUAUUUUAAAAAUAUAGUUUGCAUUCCAGUCAUUGAGGUAUUUAUCUACAUUACAAUGCUUUGAUAAUUGCUUUAUGCCACUUAAUAUACUACGUUACUUUAAAAUCUAGAGUUUCUGCUACUAGGAAUAAUCUACCCACAGCUCUAGUCUGAGACAACAUUACCUGAUGGAGAAUGCGAUAUUAGAGGUAUGAAUACAAACACAGUUCUAGGUUACCCUUUCUAAUCAGGACGAGAAUACUUUAGUCUUCUUUGUGUCCGAUUACUACAGACCAAAUAACGUUUCAGGAUCAACUGUUUCCAUAAUAAGGAAUCAUCUUGAAACAGGUAUGAAAUGAAACUCUUCACUUCUUCUAAGCCACCAAGCCAAAUUUUCUGCCCGUUAGGGACUUUCGUUUUGAUCUGAGUCAACUAUUUUGGGCCCAGAACUUAAUUUUGCACAGUACAAACUAGGACAAACUCACACAGUGCUUAUGAAACAUAUGUAUUUCAGCAUGGCUAGCUGCACGUCAAUACCAACCGCCAUUUUUCUAAUCCUCAGCAUGCUACAACACAUUAUUAUGAACUAAUAGUGAUUACCUGUGAAUAAACAACGGUGUUUGCCGAUUAAAAAGUAAAACGAACAAACUCAGCAUGAGUGAAAAAAUGACUCGUCCAGUCACCUCUUAAUCAAAUCGAUCAAGAUGUAGAUGCUGCAUCCAUG